CAUAAGCCAUUACCAUCCAUGUCCGUGCCAAAACUGAUCCCGGGAAAUGUUGUCGCCCAGCAUAAUUCGAGAGAGAGCUGCUGGAUCAUCGUCCACGGCAACGUGUACGACGUGACCGAAUUUCUUGACGAGCAUCCAGGUGGUAGUAAAAUCAUCCUGAAAUACGCUGGUAAGGACGCAACAGAGGAAUACGAGCCGAUACACCCUCCGGACGCUAUCACAACCCACCUCCCUAACGAGAAGCACCUCGGCCCAGUGGAUUCUUCAUCAGUUAUUAAAGUAGUGAAGGAGGUCACUCGGGAAGAGAAGGACCGGCUAGCACUAUUCGAAACUCGGCCACCGAUCUCAGAAUGCUUGAGCCUACAUGAUUUCGAGACUGUGGCUAGGCAGGUCAUGCCCGCAAAGGCGUGGGCAUACUAUAGCUCGGCAGCCGACGAUGAGAUCACAAGCCGCGAAAACCACCUCGCUUAUCACCGUAUCUGGUUUAGACCUCGAAUAUUGAGGAACGUUUCUGUGGUAGAUUACAGCACCGCUAUCUUGGGACAUAAAUCAACCAUGCCAAUAUACAUCACUGCCACUGCUCUUGGAAAACUUGGCCAUCCUGAUGGCGAACUCAACCUCACGAGAGCGGCCGCCAAGAAAGGCGUCAUCCAAAUGAUCCCUACAUUAGCAAGCUGCUCCUUCGACGAAAUUGUCGAUGCUGCGGAACCUGGACAAGUUCAAUUCUUCCAACUCUAUGUGAACAAGGAUCGGUCAAAAACGGAAAAGAUUGUAAGACAUGCUGAGAAGCGGGGCAUCAAGGGGUUAUUCAUUACUGUUGACGCUCCACAACUUGGACGGCGAGAGAAAGAUAUGAGGAUGAGCUUUGAUGACGCAGGUGCUCAAGUGCAGAGUGAAGAGGGUCAGAGUAUUGAUCGGAGCCAAGGGGCAGCCAAGGCAAUAACUUCAUUCAUUGACCCUUCUCUCAAUUGGGACGAUAUCAAGUGGUUUCAAAGCAUCACACGAAUGCCGAUUAUUCUCAAAGGAGUCCAGACUUGGGAGGAUGCAGUGCUCGCCGUGGAGUCUGGUGUGCAAGGCAUCGUUCUUUCCAACCAUGGAGGUCGUCAACUUGAAUUUGCCCGGUCGGGAGUCGAAGUCCUCGAGGAGGUUGUUUCUGCCCUUCGGGAACGUAACAUGUUCCCUAAUCCCCGCUUUUCAAUUUUUGUGGACGGCGGUGUGAGACGGGCUUCCGAUGCACUGAAGGCCAUCGCAAUGGGUGCUACUGCAGUUGGUAUUGGCCGGCCCUUCUUGUAUGCCUACAGUGCUUACGGGCAAGCGGGUGUGUCCUUCAUAUUUAAAUCAAAAAGCCGUCCUUUCCUGAUAUUUCAUGAUUGCCCAGGCGUAGAAAAAGCGCUUCAAAUCCUUGCGGAUGAGUUUGAAAUGAAUCUGCGGCUUUUGGGAGCUAGGAAUCUCUCCGAAGUGGUGCCGGCGGUGGUAGACACAAGCAGUCUAAGGAAUCAUGCUACGAGCGUUCCAGAAGAUCACAUGUAUGGAAGAAAUUAUGUCAGCAUGACAGGACCUAACUUCCGGUCACUCAGUGGGCGUGGACAAAAAUCGAAACUCUGAUCUUUUUGUCGACUAUAUGUAUAUUAAUCCUGUGGCUGUAUGUGCUCAUCAUCGCAGCACCAGAUAGUAUCAACAUAGAUCACGCAAACCAGAGUUGCUACUUGAUUGACAGGAUUGAAUAACAUGGGAAGGGUAUGGAUGUUUUUACCAUUGUAACAGAUCAAAGAACAAAUAGAACACGAAUAGUUCAGAAAUACAACUUAGGGAUAAAAAGUU